AUGGUACUGAACAAAGAAUUGUUGGCUGCAUUUGAGGAUAUAAAAAAUGAGUUCAAAGCAGAGCUCAAGGUUUUUGGAGAAAAUUUUGAUAGAGAAAUUCUAAAGGAUCCGCGGGACGUUAAGGCGAGCUUAAAGUUUAUAAAUCAGAUGUAUGAGGAAAUGAAAACCCAGGUCAAGGUCGUACAGGAUGAGAACAGGGAACUGAAAAAGGACAAUGCCUGGCUCCAGACGACGUGUGACGAACUUGCAGUCCGUAUGAAGGAUAGCGAGACGCGUAUACUGAGUUCAGAGCAGUGUUUUCGAAAUGCAAACAUUGAAAUAAAAGGGGUACCCACAGCGCAAAAUGAGAAUCUGUCCAUGCUACUGGAACAAAUAGGUGGCCAAAUUGGCAUACCAAUUACAAAAGAAGACAUCGAGAUAUGCCAUCGAGUACCCAUCGCACACAGCACUACCGACAAAAACAUCGUCGUGCAGUUCGUUCAUAGAGCCAAACGAAACAAUGUACUAGAGGAAGCAAGACGCCACAGGUUUACUGGAACAAAAAUCGGAUUAACGUCAAACGAGCCCAUUUACAUCAAUGAUAACCUCUGCUCUCAGCUGAAGAGGCUCCUUGGUCAAACUACCAGCAAAAAAAGGGAGGCGAAUCGGAAGUUUGUCUGGGUUAGAAACGGCCAGAUCUUUGCACUGAAGGCAGUUGGCACUCCGACUUUAAAAAUCAUGACUUGUGACGGCCUCUCCAAAAUCGUUUAA